CUUUGCCCUGGAUCCCAUGUCUUGUUUAGUUAUUUCAGUUCCCUAUCUGGAUAAUGCUUUUAAAAAUUCAGCAUCCAGACAGACCCAAAAGCACGGCUGCUUGCCCCAUCGCUGUCUAUAACAGAAAAUCGCGCAACAGACAAAACGUGCUCCCAUAGAUCUGAACCCACACUUGUUCAAAAAAGGGAACGAAAAAUCUAUCUAUUUAAUCUUGAUUUUAUACACUUGUUCGAAAAAGGGAAAAAGUCCAUUUAAUCUUGAUCAUGAUUCGACUGGAUUGCUAGCUGUAUUUGAAAGUUGCUUGCGCUAUUUCUGGGAAAAUUUUGAUUGUGGUGGGUCGCGGAAUAGGAAGAUGCAAUUAUUAAGUGUCCAGAAUUUCUUGGAUUUGCGGAUUCUGGGUCCCGGAAGCUCGAGUUUCGGUGAAUCUCAGGCGGGGUUGAGGGUGCAGUGGGUGGAUUCCAGGAACAUCAGAAGAAGAAAUGGGGUCGUUUUAGCGUGUGCUGCUGCAGAAAGAGAUGGGAAUGGCCCCAGAGAGAGUUGGAGUAUGAAUCAGAGUCCGACGAGCUCGAUUCUCCCUUUGUCCCACGCCUACGCCCUAUUGAAGCACCAAUUGGAAGUAGCUGCGAGAUCCGAGGAUUACAAAGAAGCGGCAAGGGUUCGAGAUUCACUAAAAUUGUUCGAGGAGGAGGAGCCAGUUCUGCAUCUGCGAAGAUUGAUGAAGGAAGCAAUUGCUGAUGAAAGGUUUGAGGAUGCAGCUAGAUACCGAGAUGAGCUAAAACAAAUUGCCCCCCACUCUUUACUGAAAUGUUCCAGUGAUGCCACAACCUUGGGAAUAAGGGUUCAAGUCAGGAGUACAUACGUAGAGGGCAGAAGUCAACCUUCAAAAGGGAUAUACUUCUUUGCAUACAGAAUAAGAAUUACCAAUUAUUCAGACUGCCCCAUUCAACUUUUUAGAAGGCAUUGGAUUAUAACUGAUGCUAAUGGAAAGACAGAAAACGUGUGGGGGAUUGGGGAUCUUGGUGAACAGCCAGUUAUACUUCCUCGGACUGGUUUUGAGUACUCUUCAGGAUGCCCAUUAAACACCCCAAGUGGUAGAAUGAUCUGUCUAGACAUGGAACGCAUUCUGUGCAUAUGCAAGUGUGUUUCCCAAAUCCUUUGACACAGAGUUCAAUAACCAAGACAAUAACACAACAUUGCAUUGUUCCCACUAUGGACGAAGUGACACCUCCUGCGACUCCUUUGUGCAAGAUCCAUCAAUAAACCCUACUUUAUUCUUUCCAAGCAAUGCAAUCCUCAUGGAUCUACUCCAGAUUGUGUAGUUUUCUGGUCCAGUGAGGAUGUGAGGCACGAGUGACACUGCCUGUGUCUGAAGGGUGUGAGUAAAGGUGAUGGGUGAAAUCAAUAGUAUUGCUGCCGUUCUUCUUCUCUUCAGCCAUGGUUGGAUUUUCUCAAUGGGAUCAAGAUACUAGCAGGUGAUGUGAAACGCAGAGUUCUGCGUGUGUAAGGAGACUGCAAUGGAUCGGGUUUCUUGAUUGCCCGGUCCAGUUCUUGUAACUUUAAUGAAUGGCCUUGAAAAGGAGUGUGUAGCCCAUUUCUUGAACAAAACAAUUGAAAUCUUUAUUUUCAUGGCCCAUACUAACCUUGCUCAUGAUACCUUGAAGAAGGCGGACCUCCAGAUCACAUCAGAAAAAUACAGAAUGCAAUUCUAUCUUAAUGAAAUAAUAUGACUGCAUUAAAAGAAAAUAGUCCAAUACAACUAGUAUUUAUACCAAACCAAAAAAGAAAUAAACGACAAGCGGUUAAGACUAACUAAAACCACACAACUAAACGACACAAAACAAUACUCGAUACUCAAAUACAAAAUACUCAUAUAUCCCUCAUAUAUCCUCAAUAAUUACAAUCACUUCAGGAACUUUACUGUCUUGGCUUUUGAAAUAAACACAACAUAAGCUCGAGUCUGAGUUUGCAUUGAUUUUCAAACAGUUCAAAGGGCUGGUCCUGAAAAUUGGGACCGGAUAGCUGAAGAAAAAGCGGCCAUUGAGUGCAUAAUGUUCACUGUUUGUUUGAUACAGUUGAAACUGCUAUGCUGCUAUGUUGUUCAAGACCGAAAUUUGGAUGCUUCUCAGCAGUUUAAAUCCAUUAGUUACAUCUGUUUUGUUUGUUUCAUGAUUGAUGUCAACAUGCAUUCCAAUCGAG